GAUCACAUGAUUUCAAAAUGGGCGAAGAAGUAUGUAAGCAGACCAACUAAGUCCGCUAGCUUCGCUCUGUGUAUUUUGGGGACUUUGGAGGUGAACGGAAUCGGACAAGAGUUAAAAUGGCGGAAAAUACGUUAACGGAGGCUGGGUCCUCGUAUUCUAAAGCUGUAGGAUUUGUGUAUCUAUUUAAUCUCAUCGUGGGUACAGGAGCACUGACAAUGCCCCUGGCUUUCCAAAAUGCAGGCUGGCUGCUAAGUCUCAUUGUUAUUGUACUGCUUGCAGGAUUCAGCUACAUGACUGUAACAUUUGUGUUGGAGACUAUGGCAACAGCUAAUGCCACUCUCUUCCUACGAAAGAAAGCUGACAUUGUUAGUAGAAGAAAAGAGUCAGUUCGUUCCAAUAUUGGAGAUUCCAUAGACGUUGGGUCAGACUCCGCAACCGUUCAAGAUGAGCAAACCCCACUGCUAAAGAGUGAAGAGAGAGAAAAAAUGGCUGUUCUGAAUUACAGGGAUGAUAUGUUUGAUAUUAAAGAGAGAGUAGAGUUGGGGAAAAUGGCAGAGCUUUAUUUCAACAAAAUUGGAGUAAUCUUGUUUUACUUGUGCAUGGUGCUGUAUCUAUAUGGAGAUCUGGCUAUUUAUGCUGUUGCUGUGCCAAAAUCACUCAGGGAUGUCAUAUGUACAUUCAAGCGCAACGGAAGUGAAAAUGCCUCCUGUGCUAGCUUGACCUUAGUGAACUCUGACCCUUGUUGGGAGAGCUCUAGUUUGGAUAGGGUGUCUGUCUACAGAAUGAUGGUGGCUGUGUUUGCUGUCACCUUGGGUCCCUUUACCUUCUUCAACAUCCAGAAAACGAAGUACCUUCAGCUCUUCACUACAGUCACAAGGUGGCUAGCAUUUAUGAUCAUGAUAGUAUUAACCAUCAUCAGACUUACCAACAAACAAGGCCAAGGACAUCCUGCGGUGGCCGAUUUUGGUGGAAUUCCCAAUUUGUUUGGAGUGUGUGUCUACUCCUUCAUGUGCCAUCACUCACUUCCUUCCCUUGUCACACCAAUCAAAAACAAGAGCAACCUAUUCAUCAUGGUUUUCAUCGACUUUAUUUUGAUUUUAUCAUUUUAUUCCCUAGUGUCUUUUGCUGGUGCUUUUGCGUUUCAUCAACCAAAAGAUAUUUACACUCUUAGUUUUCUUCCAGACGCCUGUGAUACCAAAGCACCAAUUACAAAUUCAGCAGUGUUGCAAUAUUAUUUAGCUCUUUUUCCAGUUUUCACACUAAGCACCAGUUUUCCCAUUAUAUCCAUAACUUUGAGAAACAAUUUGAAAACCAUGUUCUACCGGGAACAUCGGCCAUUUUCUUGGUUCAUCGACAGGAUUAUUUUUCCUUUAGCUGCAAUUUUUCUGCCCUUUGUGAUUGCCUUGGCAACAGAUGAAGUUGAAUUCCUUGUUGGGAUCACAGGGUCAUAUGCUGGGGCAGCAAUUCAGUAUGUUAUCCCGUCUGCUUUAGUCUUGGUCUCCAGAAGGGCGGUACAGGCUGAUCCUUCCAUUUCCACUUUAAAGAACAGAUUUACUUCCCCUUUUAAGCAUAUAUUCUGGGUCAUUUUAGUGUUUGUAUGGGCAUUUGUUGCUAUAAGUUUUGUCACUGUCAAUCACAUCUUAACUGAGAAAUAAGAAAAUUACCUGAGUAUCAUUAGAUAUCUGCUAAAUAUAGUUCUGUAUGAAAAAAUAUCAGACAAAAUAUUGCCAUUUAAAUUUCAUUUGAUAAUUUAUGAUAAUUUACUUGAGCAAGACAGUUUGAUUUUGAUGGAUGUCAGUACUGAGACAAUCUGAUAUUACAAUGAAUAUCAGACUGCUCACUAAUAACGGACGGCCAAAGGUAAAUUCUUCGACUGAAUGAGCAAAGGAAUGACGUUUCAGCAAUUUUAUUUCUCAGUUUUGAUUUCUUGCAAAAGCAGCAUGUGUUCUUGUUAUUACUUUGUAUAAUGUUGUUUGUACAUUCAUGUUAGAUCAUAAUCAGUUACAUGUAUAUCAACCAGAUUCAAAAAUAUCUUUUAACAGCAUUUUAAACAAAUCAUUUUUGUUUCCUGUGAGAUUAUAUUGAAACAUGUAUAUGUAUCAGAUGCAAUAAUUGUCAGUGUUGAUCUAAUGUUUGAAUGCUCCACAGCGAAGUUGCUUCAGAUCGAAUACACAUCAAUUUGGAUUUAGAUUUGUAUUUAUAAACAGUGCCAAAUAUUUAUCAUUUAACAGGGUUAAAAUAAGGAAAUGUUACUGGCAAACUGCAUAAUCCUAUUUUUAUUUGCCCAAGUCUGUGAGAAGAAAAUGUAAUAAAAUGAGGAAAUACA